CCUCUACAAUAAUAUAUCUAUCAUCGUCAAAGAACUCGAAAGCGAUUCACGCACAACCGGUACAUAUAUAUCAACUGACCAUCGAUCAUGAAGGAAGCCGUUUCGUUGAACCAGGCGAUCGACCGACUGAAAGUCUUGAGGGAUUCGGGCCUUCGACAGAGCCAGGAGGUGGUCGAAUUGGCCGAAGUUGUCUUGGGAACUGCUGGACGAACCAGUCGGUUGGGUGAUGAUCUCUGGACGGUUUAUGAGCAGGUCGCAGUGGCUGCAUUGGACAUAGGAAACGUCGAGCUUGCUAAGACGGUCAUCCAACGCUUAGAAGCCAAAUUUCCCAAAUCAGCUCGAGUGACAGUAUUGCAUGGGAUGUUGAUGGAAGCUCAAGGCGAUCUACUGGGUGCUAAGAGCUUUUAUGAGCAAGAGUUAGAGAAAUCGUUUAGUCCGAAGAAUGCUGAUUUAGGCAGUGUCGGAGAGCUCAACAUGCGUGUCCGGAAACGAUUGAUUGCACUCCACCUACACCAUUCACCUCCCACUUGUCCCCAAGCAUCCCAACCCUCCUCAUCAUCAUCAUCAACAUCAUCCACUCCAUUUUCACUCCACACAGCGAUUCAACUCCUGGUCGAUCACCUUGAUACCGUCUAUUCUGAUCCUGAGGGCUGGCUCCAACUUGCGGAUAUUUACGCUAGUCUAGGACUAUACGAGCAAAGUCUGUCAGCCUUAGAGGACUUGAUCUUAAUCCAACCCGAAAAUACCUUCCAUAUCUUGCGAUAUGCCGAGACUGCUUAUACGGCGGGUGAAUAUGAACUAUCAUACAAGACUUAUCUUCGAGUGAUCGAAUUAAGUGAUCGGAUAUCUAGCGAGUCUAAGGGUGGACCGUGUCGAAGAGCCGCACUUGGCUUGAAAGUGUGUAUUCAACGGUUACCGAAAUCAAGCACGAGACAAGAGAUUGAGAAAGUGAUCGAUGAGGCGUUGGUGACGUGUUAUAGUCAGGACUGGGUGCCCCUCCAACCCGGCUUACGAGUGGCAUCUGAACCAUGUAGAAAAGUCUUGAAAACAUUCCUUGCUCAGCAUUCUUCAUCCUCCUAAGAAAUCCUCCCUGAUUGAUCAUGGCCUUAAUAUUCACCAAACGGAACCAACGAUUGGAUUCUCUUAUUGGGCGCGUUGGUACUUGGACGAGAUGAACAUAUGGCCUGUGAAAAAUUGAGAGCAUUCCAAUUCCGGCCUGAUAAACAACAUUCCCGUGGCAGAGGCAUCGCCAAA